AUGAAGAUCAGCAACUUGAUCACACAAACAUUUGAAAACAGUGUCAACGAAGAUAGAGCUGAAUCAGUGAACCAUUCAGAACAUAUCUUCAAUUUUACUGGUUUUGAUCACCAAGGCAAUCAAGCAAGAAAUAAUGCUAUUUCUAGAAGCUUUACUGCUCUUAAAUACAACAACGAGUUGUACAGUGGUGAGCAGUAUGACUUGAGAGAGUUUAUUUUAGAAGAAACCAGAAACCGCCCAGCAGGUUCGAUGGAUGUUGAUGUUGAAUUUGGCCAAGAUGUUCCUACAGACAUUGAGACUCCACUUGAAGAAACUGGUUGUGGUUACUUCUGUAUCUGUAACACUGUUAAUCAUGCAGAUUCUUUAAGUCAGUAUGAAAGCGAAAUAAGCGAUGAAAGCAAUGAAAGCAACAAAAGCAACAAAAGCAAACUGGAUGAGACUCCUAGAGUUCCUCAUUAUGAGCCCAGGUGUGGGGCAGAGGCAGCUAGCCUAGAGUUGUUUUCUAUGCUUGUUGAGAACAAUGUAUCUCGCAAUGUUUUUGACAAGUGUGUCAAAAUGAUGAAUAAGUAUAUGACAGAAUCUGCCAUCAAUUCAUUGAUGUCAUACUACAAGAUGGACACCCUUCUAAGACAAGAGUAUACUGUCCGUCCUGUAACACACGACAUGUGUAAAGAAGGUUGUACCCGCUUUGAAGCCAUAGAAGCCGGACAGCAUGCAGAUGAGGAAGAGCAGUGUUCUCACUGUAAUAGUCAACGAUUCCAAUGCAAGAGAGGCACUUUGAUUCCAGUGCAGACCUUCCAGGUUGUGUCUCUCUCUGAGCAAUUAAGAUUCAAGCUUGGUAAUUCUCAGGAACGCACCAAGAUGGAAUACAGCAAAAACCGUCUUUCACAUAAUGUUAGUACCACGAGAUCUGAUAUUCUUGAUGGUAAUGCUGUCCACCGUUUGGUUCAGAGUGGUAUUGUUAGUCAGAAUGAUAUUUUGGUUACAAUGUUCAUUGACUAA